UACCCCUCAGAGGAAGAGAAGAUCUAAAAGAGUGGGCUAUAGUUUGCAUCAGGAGAUCAAAUCACACAGCAGCUGAAUUGCUUGCUGUGCAGGGAUGAAGAUUGAUUUACACAGUCACAUCUUGCCCAAAGAGUGGCCUAAUCUGAAGCAGAGAUAUGGAUAUGACGGUUGGGUACAACUUCACCAUCACUGCAAGGGUGAAGCAAAAAUGAUGAAAGAUGGUAAUGUCUUCAGAGUGGUACAAGAAAACUGCUGGGAUCCUCAAGUCCGAAUUAAAGAAAUGGAUCAGUCAGGUGUAACGGUGCAGGUUCUCUCUACUGUCCCUGUUAUGUUCAAUUACUGGGCAAAACCCAUGGACACACUGGACCUAUGCCGUAUUUUGAAUGACAACAUUGCAGCCACAAUAACUAAACAUAUAAAGAGAUUCACUGGACUUGGUACAGUGCCCAUGCAAGACCCAGAACUUGCUGUUCAGGAAAUGUAUCGUUGUGUAAAAGAGUUAGGAUUUCCUGGAAUCCAGAUUGGCACUUCUGUCAAUGACUGGAACCUCAAUUGUCCAGAGCUUUACCCAGUGUAUGCAGCUGCAGAGAAGUUAGGAUGCGCCAUAUUUGUUCACCCUUGGAAUAUGAAGAUGGACGGGAGGAUGUCGAAAUAUUGGCUUCCUUGGCUCGUAGGUAUGCCUGCUGAAACAACUACUGCAAUCUGCUGCAUGCUGUUUGGUGGUAUCUUUGAAAAAUUUCCCAAGUUGAAAGUCUGUUUUGCCCAUGGAGGUGGUGCCUUCCCUUAUACUAUUGGCAGGAUUGAACAUGGGUUUAACGUCCGUCCUGAUCUAUGUGCCAGAGAGAACAAGAUAAAUCCUCGGAAAUACCUGGGCCGGUUUUACACAGAUGCAUUAGUGCAUGACCCACUUGCACUAAAGCUGUUGGUCGAUGUGAUAGGAAAAGAUAAGGUGAUGCUGGGAACAGACUAUCCAUUCCCACUGGGUGAACGAAAUCCUGGAAAUCUUAUUGAAUCUAUGGAAGAAUUCGAUAAUGAACUCAAAGAUAAACUUCUCGCAAAAAAUGCAUUGGAAUUUCUCGGGCUUGAAAAGAAACAGUUUGAAUGAUACAAUUUUCUUAUACUUUCUUUCACAAUUGAGAAACGUCGACAUUACAUGAGACACAACAGGGUUUGGAACUGGCUUGAUGGAUAUCUUCUCAGAGACAACAUCUUUACCUCCACCGUUUACUGCAAUUAUUCAGAAUGUCUCAGUGGUGGUUUGUUUUCAGCAAAUAAAAUGACCAUUCCAAAUCUUUUUUAUUAUUAAUUGAAACAUAAAAGCAUAGACAAACUACAGCACAAUACAGGCCCUUCGGCCUGCAAUGCUGUGCCAAACAUGUAUUUACUUUAGAAAUUACCUAGGGUUACACAUAGCCCCCUAUUUUUCUAAGCUCCAUGCACCGAUCCAGGAGUCUCUUAAAAGAUCCUAUCGUAUCCACCCCCACCACUGUCGCUGGCAGCCCAUUCCACGCACUCACCACUCUCUGUGUAAAAAACUUACCCCUGACAUCUCCUCUGUACCUACUUCCAAGCACCUUAAACCUGUGUCCUCUUGUGGCAACCAUUUCAGCCCUGGAAAAAGCCUCUGACUACCCACACAAUCAAUGCCUCUCAUCAUCUUGUACACCUCUAUCAGAUCACCUCUCAUCCUCCAUCACUCCGAAGAGAAAAGGCCAAAUUCACUCAACCUAUUCUCAUAAGGCAUACUCCCCAAUCCAGGCAACAUCCUUGUAAAUCUCCUCUGCACCCUUUCUAUAGUUUCCACAUCCUUCCUGUAGUGAGGCGACCAGAACUGAGCACAGUACUCCAAGUGGGGUCUGACCAGGGUCCUAUAUAGCUGCAACAUUACCUCUCGGCUCUGAAACUCAAUCCCAUGGUUGAUGAAGGCCAAUGCACUGUAUGCCCCCUUAACCACAGAGUCAACCUGCGCAGCAGCUUUGAGUGUCCUAUAGACUUGGACCCCAAGAUCCCUCUGAUCCUUCACACUGCCAAGAGUCUUACCAUUAAUACUAUAAUCUGCCACCAUAUCUGACCUACCAAAAUGAACCACAUCACACUUAUCUGGGUUGAACUCCAUCUGCCACUGUUCAGCCCAUUUUUUGUAUCCUAUCAAUGUCCUGCUGUAACCUCUGACAGCCCUCCACACUAUCCACAACACCCCCAACCUUUGUGUCAGCAGCAAAUUUACUAACCAUCCCUCCACUUCCUCAUCCAAGUCAUUUAUAAAAUUCGCGAAGAGAAGGGGUCCCAGAACCUAUCCCUGAGACUCACCACUGGUCACCGACCUCCAUACAGAAUAUGACCUGUCUAAAACCACUCUUUGCCUUCUGUGGGCAAGCCAAUUCUGGAUCCACAAAGCAAGGUUCCUUUGGAUCCCCAUGCCUCCUUACUUUCUCAAUAAGGCUUGUAUGGAGUACCUUAUCAAAUGCCUUGCUGAAAUCCAUGUACAUUACAUCUACUGCUCUUCCUUCAUCAAUGUGUUUAGUCACAUCCUCAAAAAAUUCAAUCAGGCUCGUAAGAUCCUCUCAGGAUCUUCUCCAUCAACUUACCGAAGUUAGACUCACUGGUCUAUAAUUUUCUGGGCUAUCUCUACUCCCUUUCUUGAACAAGGGAACAAUAUCUACAACCCUCCGAUCCUCCGGAACCUCUCCCGUCCCCAUUGAUGAUGCAAAGAUCAUUGCUAGAGGCUCAGCAACUCCUCCCUCACUUCCCACAGUAGCCUGGGGUACAUCUCAUCCGGUCCUGGAGACUUAUCCGACUUGAUGCUUUCCAAAAGCUCCAGCACAUCCUCUUUCUUAAUGUCUAUAUGCUCAAGCUUUUCAAUCCACUGUAAAUUAUCCCUACAAUCGCCAAGAUCCUUUUCUGUAGUGAAAAGGAUUAUUAAUUUCAAUAGUUAAAUGUGAGAAAUAAAACUUCAGGAAGAACAAGAAUCGAACAUUUGAGCUACUUGCCCUCUUCUUCAUGCAGACACUUAUCUCAAUGGGAUUUCUUUUGCCCGCACUCAUAAUGAAAAUUUGCCCGUGUAAACAUUGUAUUUGUCAGAUAACGUAAUGAGUCUGUAGUUGUCCUCUGGCAUGGAUGUACAGUAAAUGUGAUGUAAUAUUAAUGUGUAUUAGAGCAGAAGAUCGAGUGAUAUCAAGUAAAAUUACUAAAUAAAAGUGAAUGGUCAUU